AUGGAAGAUGUUGGACAGAACCCAUUGGAGGAUGGGCAUGAGAUAACAGAAAUAUCAAGUUUAGAAGCCAUAAAACAAAACCUCAACUACCUGAACGCGGACCUUGAAAAGGAACUACAGAGGCUGGACGAGGCCAAUCAGAUUCUUUUCAGAAAAAUUCAAAAGAAAGAAGAAUCUAUUCAAAGUCUUGAAAGAGAUAUUGCCCUGUCCAUUGGGAGAGUCCCAGAGAGGGAUGACUUCAGUGAGAUCAUAAUACAGAAGGAGAAUGCCCUGAAGGACCUGAGGCUGGAGACAGCAAAGCUGGAGAAAAAGAAUAAGGUCCUAAGCAAAAAUGUCAUAGAACUUCAGAAGAAGAUUUCAAGAGGACAUAAGAAUACUGCCCCUGAUCCAGAAACCCUAAAAAAUAAAAUAGCAGAAUUGAAGGUGAAACUACAAAAUUUAACCGAGUCCUGUGUGCAACAAGAGGAGGAAAUAGCCAAGAUGGAAAGUGACUACCAAUCUGUAAAUCAGCUCUGUGAAGAUCAGGCCCACUACAUAAAGAAAUACCAAGAAAUUCUGAGGGAGAUGGAGAAGAAGCAAGAAGUGAUGCUGCUUGAAAAAGAAAUAUCCAAAGCCCAGAAUGACUCCUCCCAAGUAGUGAAACCUGGGGCAACUCUGGAAGAGACCAUUCAAAGUGACAUGGAGAAGAUCAUCAUCAAGAAACAGAAGAGGAAGUUUUUGUUAAGGCACUUCCGGUACCUUUUCUUCAUGAUCAUCAUCUUCCUUCGGUUAUUGGGCUAUAUACUUUUCCACCUGCAGUACAUAAACCCAGAUCUUCUUGUGGACACCCUGCCCAUGCUGAUGAGCAGAAGCACACUGAAGUGGCUGAGGGACAUAUUGUUUCCCUUCCUUACUCUAGAGGUAGAAGAUGUACUACCACAUUAAUGUCCGGUGACCUGCCGGGCCUCGCAUUGCACCCCCAAUGGAGGGGCCAUGGCUGUGGCCUUGCAAUGGUGAU